UUAUCUAUAUAUUAGUGUGCCAGCAGCUUUGCAAAAUCAAGACCAAAAGGUAAUUAAUCUAUUUAUCUUUGUUUUAGGUACCGCCAAGUAGGGAAGAGCCAAGAACACCUGUCUUGAGCCAGAACAUUCCAAAAUUUUACUUUCCUAAAGGAUGUCCAAAAGGGAAUGUCAAUAUAGAUGCCAUAAUUUUGAAAAUUGAGAAAACAUUUUCAGCUUUUCCGAAUGAGAGGGCAACCCUUGAAGACAUGGGAAAAGUAGCUAAGGCUUGCGACUGUCCACUUUACUGGAAAGCUCCAUUAUUUUAUGGAGCUGGUGGUGAGAGGACUGGAUAUGUGUCUGUGCACAAGUUUGUGGCUAUGUGGAGAAAAGUCUUGCACACUUGCCACGAUGAUGCUGCAAAGUUUAUUCAGCUUCUUGCCAAGCCUAGCUGCAGCUAUUUGGAACAAGAAGACUUUAUUACAUUUUUACAAGAUGUGGUGAACACUCACCCACAUUUAACUUUUUUGCGAGAGGCCUCUGAAUUUCAUUCCCGCUACAUAACCACAGUUGUUCAAAGGAUAUUUUAUAACGUAAAUAGAUCAUGGUCUGGUCGCAUUACAUGUGUAGAACUCAGGAAGAGCAACUUUCUACAGCAUAUAGCCUUGCUAGAGGAGGAAGACAUCAACCAAUCAACAGAUUAUUUUUCAUAUGAACAUUUCUAUGUCAUCUAUUGUAAAUUCUGGGAGCUGGAUGCCGACCACGAUUUAUACAUUGAUGAGCAGGACCUUUCCAAGCACAAUGAUCAUGCCAUAUCUAGCAGAAUUAUUGAAAGAAUAUUCUCGGGAGCAGUAACACGAGGUCGAAAAGCACAAAAGGAGGGGAAGAUUAGCUAUGCAGACUUUGUAUGGUUUCUUUUAUCUGAAGAAGACAAGAAAACACAAACCAGUAUGGAGUACUGGUUUCGCUGCAUGGACUUGGAUGGCGAUGGUGUGUUAUCAAUGUAUGAGCUGGAGUAUUUCUACGAGGAACAGUGUCAAAAAAUGGAAAGUAUGGCCAUUGAGCCAUUAUCAUUUGAGGACUGCCUGUGUCAGAUGUUGGAUCUUGUCAAACCACAAUGUGAAGGUAAAAUCACUCUCCAUGACCUGAAGAAAUGCAAGCAGUCAAAUCUGUUCUUUGACACCUUUCUGAACCUAGACAAAUAUUUAGACCAUGAGCAGAAAGAACCUUUUUCUACAGUACGGGUUGAAACCGAAGGACAAGAACUUACAGACUGGGAAAAGUAUGCUGCAGAAGAGUAUGCUAUCUUAGUGGCAGAAGAGGCUGCAACAGAGCAGUGGAAUGAUGGGUAA